AUGGAUCAAAUCAAUGAGAUUGACAACAAGGUUCAAUGUGUUGUCCAUGAGUUCAGAAAUGAUCAAGAUUGGGUAAACAUCAAAAGGUCAAUGGUGAGAGUUCCUCAAAUUUUAAAGCAAAAGAUAAACAUUGGCCAUCAACUACCAAAAGAUGAAACGUUUGAAUCACUCUAUUUAAAGUUUCAGGAAAUGGAUGAAGAUGUCAUUGCUCUUGAAACUGAAGUCAAUCGGUAUGCUGGUUACGUUAGAUCUUUUAUCAAGCAUUCAUUUUUAAUUGGUGAAUCAAUGGCUGAAGUUUUCAACCCCAAUCUUGAGAAAUUGGGAAGACAAGGGGAUGAAUCUCCUGCAUCAAAAGCACUGAGACUAAACAUUGAAGAAGAUUAUUCCAAAUUUGUUGUCACCAAAAGAUAUGUCGAACAAGCAGUUAAAAUCAAAAGUCAAAUAUGCUCUGACUUGGAUUUGAUUACAAAUAAUGUUCAAAUCCCUUUAACAAGAUUAGCUGGUGAAUUUAAAAAGAUCAAAAGAUAUGUUAAAGAGAGAGACUUUGCUCUAUUAGAUGUUAAUAAGUAUUACAAUGACUUUCACUCUUUGGAUUCAAAGGAAAAAUCUUCGUUGACUUUAAAACAAGAACAAAACUUGAUUAGGUAUGAAAAGAACUUUGAGAUUUCAAAAUUGAAGUUUGAAAAAAUUAAUGACUCUUUGAAGAAUGAAUUACCACAAUUCUUCAACCUAGUUCAUCAGUUCAUUCAUCCUCUACUCGUUUUGUUCUAUUACCUUCAACUUACUGUUCACUUUCAAUUCCAACAAAACUUUGGUGAGCUUUCAUCAGUGAAGUUCAAACCAGAAAAACUGAAAAAUAAGGACUUGAAAACAUUCAUUGAUGGUUUAGUUGAACAAUUCCAUAGUGAAUAUGAUUCAACAAAACAAAUCACAGACACUUUAGAUAUCACAUGUGGUAACCUCCUGAGCAGUGUGAUUACCAGUCCAGAACAAGAACAAUCUUUUGAAGAACAAAAUGAUCUCAUUUCUCAAGUGACAGAAACAGAAUCUGUACCUACAAUCAACAACUUUUGUAUUGCUAAAUAUAACUACAAGGCAGAGCAAGAUGGUGAUUUAUCAUUCAAGAAAGGUGAUCGUAUUAAACUUUUAGAUCAGAAAUUAAAAGAAUGGUGGAAAGGUGAAUUGGAUGGGCGUGUGGGCCUUUUCCCUUAUAACUAUGUCCAAUUUGAGCGUAAUUAA